AUGGACUAUGAUACUACCUUUACUACCUUUGUCUCAGUGCACCAGGAACCCAGUAAGCCUAUUUAUCUCUCCACUUCUCCGUGUACCAAUACUGAUACCCAAGUCCCAACCGUUACCGCAAUCGAAGACAAGAGUGUAACCGCAAGCCAUGCCUCCCGCUCCGCUAGGACGAACGACACCGCCCAUCUAGUCACCAACGGAGACUCUCUAAAGAAUUCCACAUCGACAUACUCAAAGCCAGCUACUCGACCAACCUCGACUGGGCAAGUUUCUACGGCUUCGACGCCAUCAACGUGCGAGUCGAAGAGUCGGCCUGUCUAUCUCUCCGACGCUCGGGGUCUUGGGUUGGCUGGAUUGCUGGACAGUGUAGUUAUAUCUAGCGCUACGCGACUUACGGAUGCAUUUCUGAAUGGAUCUCCAGCCCUGGAAGAGCUUGGUGUCUUGGCUCUCCACAAACAUCAUUGA